AUGGCAGAGGGGGGAGGGAAGCGACGGAGGAGGAUGGAAGUGGCGGAGGAGUACGAGCUGGCGGCUCGACCCAACAGGAGCAGGAUAGAAGAUGUGUCGGAAGCUACGUGGAUCACUCGCAAACAAGUCGCCAUCCUGCAGCAGCCCCGAGGAAAGGUCCUACAAACCAUGGGGCACAUGGCUGGUGACGAUGGUGCUGCUCGACAAUGGCAGCUGCUACCAGAGGAGGCGCUGUUCAUGGUGCAGCAAGGCCUCCUUGCUAUGAGGAAUGAGAAGGAAGCUCGGGCCAUGGCGGUGACUGAAGCCAUGGAUCGGGUUUUCAGCGGCGGGAUGUCUCCCUUCUUCUUUCACGCGUACGCAAAGAUCCGCGAUGCAGGGUUCGUAGCUGCGAGGGCAGAGGGGAACUUCCAUGGCAGGCCGCUGCUCCAUGUAUGGAAACCUGAGCUGUCGAAGAAAUGGCGAAAGAGCCAACCCAGCUUCGUCAUGGGGGUGGUGCGAUGCAGCGAAAGCCUCUCUUCCUCCUCCUGCGAGGAGCUUGUCAGGCUGCAGAGCCGUAGCAACUGUCCUCUGAGGAUGGCGAUGGUUGACGACUCGUUCGCCGUGACCUUCUUUGAUGUCCAUCCCAACCCUGACACCAGCGGAGCGGCCGGGAAUCCGAGCUGCGAAUUCCCUUGA